GGAAACUCCUGGGUGGUGGUGGAGGAAUUGGCUGUGGGGAAGCCACUGCUUGAACAACUGGCAUAUCUUGAGGAUCCCUACAAGUUUUGCUACUAGAAGUUGGUAGUGACUUCGGGAAACUCCCAAGGAAAGAGAUGGUUUAGGAGUGAAACUGUUCGUUUGUUAUUGUGGGAGCUGGGACUUCUAUCCUUGAAGCCUGUGUGCCAAGAAUCCGAUGUUGGGCUUGGCUUCGUGGCUGAAAACAGCAAAUCGGCCCAUGAGAACUACCAUCCCCAGCCAAAGGAAGGGGUUUAACAGGAGUCAGCAUCUAUUCUUUCAGGUCUGGCAGCAGGAGAGAGGGCAGGAGGUGGAGACUGUGGAAUCUGAAAAGCGAACUGAAAGGUGACACUUAAGUUGAAGAUGGGCGGCGGAGAAAGGUUCAGUGUUCCAUCUAGCCAGCCCAGAAAUGCUACUAAGAAUCAUCAACAACUGAACAACAGGAAAAAGAGCAAAGAUCAGAAUUCCCAGAUGAAGAAAAUCCAUAAAAAAGAGAGGGGGCAUGGGUGCAACUCAUCAUCUGUAGCAUGGCAGGCCAUGCAAAAUGGGGGGAAGAACACAAUGCAUUUUCCAGCUAACCAGAAUUGGAAUCCAGUGCUUUCUAAUUCACUCUUCAUGUCUCAAGCCAACCAGAACUAUGCUGGAGCAAAGUUCAGUGAGCCACCAUCUCCAAGUGUUCUUCCUAAACCACCAAGUCACUGGGUGUCUGUUUCACUUAAUCCUGCUGAUAAAGAAAUCAUGACUUUUCAACUUAAGACCUUGCUUAAAGUCCAGGCUUGAGAUAGUUUUAAUUGUACAUUGGGAAAAAUGACACACUUCUUAGUUUGAUAUCGCACAAUGUGGGUCCAUGUUGGUUUCCAAAAUACAAAGGCACAUUUUUUGGUAUUACACAAGCUACAUAUUACUAGAUUGUUGAAUUCUCUAUCAUUGGGAGGGCUCCCAGACCCCAUUAACUUUUCAUCCUUUUUGGGGUUCUGUGCACUGUAUUCAGUUCUGUAGCCUACUGAUGUGCAGUUACAAAUCAGAAGGCAGCCUGAACCUAUUCCCGGCCAUAACCUUCAUUACUAAGUGUUUUGACACUUAAUUUCAACUACCUUGUGUUCUAAACCUGCUUGAUUUGCCAUAUAUUUUCAGAGGAGUUGAAGGGAUGCCAUAGACCAAAUUCUGUCAGAUAAAAUGCAAUAUAAUUGCAAAAUGUAUACUGUGAGAUAUUGUAAGCUUUCAAGUCAGAUUAGAAACUUGUUUUCUGAUGAAAGCUGUUCAUUAAAAUAUUAGCACACCUAAAAGAAAUCCACUUAGAUUAUAAUGUACAUGUACAAGUCUUUUAGUUUACUAAACUACACAUUAUCUUAACAGUGAUUAGGAAUGGUAGUUUGAACAGGAAUGUAUGCAUCCACCCAUAGCCCUGUGACCAAAAUGUAAACAUUGCAGUCUGUGUAGCACUUGUUGAAUAACAGAAACACUGGCAUACAGUUGAUCUCUAGCUUUUGAACAUGAACAGCUUGUGUGUGCGCCAAGUAAAAGAAUCUUUGCAUUGCCAGGUGACUGCCAAAUGCUUCAAAGGUUUUUUUUAACCAAGAAUUUUACUGAACUGUGUUUAAAAUGUGUUCUGCGUAUUGUUUACUACAAGAACUAUGAAGGUCAGUAUGAAAUUGGAUAACCUGUAUUAGAGUUUAGCAAGUGUAAAAUACCAUUUAUGGAUGGAAGAAAGAGCCAUGUAAAUAAAUGUAAAACUUGUAGCAUAUGUAAAUUUAUGCUGGGCUUUCCUGCCAAAAUAAAAUAUUUUAGUACGAAACUGCUGAAUGUAAAAAAAGACCAUGCUAAACAUGGCAUGAUUUUUUUUAAAAAAAACUUUUGUUAAAAAAUAUAAAAAAGUAAGAGCACACAUCUGUGCCAUUGCACUUGAGUAUCAUUGAAAGCAUUCUGACUAUGUUUUCUCUUAGGUUGUCAGUUAAGACUGAAUCCAGGCGCUGAUGCCAACUAGAGUAGACUGGUGAAUGCAAGGAAAUUAUGUCAACAUUUUUUGUGGCCCUGCUUAUUUGUGAGGUCCACUUUUCUUGGGACUAAUACUUGAAUUUAGCCCUUGGAUUUUCAAGUAAAUGUGGUACAAAGAAUGCUGGUUUUUUAAAACAAAGGGUGCAGCCCAAUUUUUGCUAAAUGCAGAAAAAACAUAGAAUCUGUUGGAACUGAAUUGUACCAUGUAGCUGUAAUCCAAUGCAGUUAUCUGAAAAUAAGUUUCAACACAGGCAAAAAAAAUGUGUGAUUUUGAUUGUAACCAGUAAGUUUGCUUUUAUUUUGAAUGUGUUAAGUGACAUUUCACAGGCAAACCAGUUAGAACCUUCAGUAUUCUGAAACACCUGUCUUCAUUUUGUAAAGGUUUUUGAUCCUGUAUUUAGUUUGGAACUAUAAUAUUUCAACUUGGCACUUUCCCUGACAGUUUUGUGACAUGACUUUUGGAAAUAAUUUCAUGACAUGUUUGUAGGAAGCAUUGCUUUUAGUUUGCUUUUUACUUGGCCAACAGUAGCUUCUUUAGAAUUUGGUGACAUUUCAAAUAUUGUUCUUAGUUCCUGACUUUAUAACAAUGCCUCUGAAAAUAAAAUUCCUUCUAUGGUUAUUCAAUGACAAAAAUAAUUUCCAACAGUAACCAGUAGUAAUGGAGAGAAUAUCUUAAAGUAACUUGGAAUGUCUCAGGGCAGCUUCAUUACGUCACUACUUACACAUUCAAAAUAAAUGCUUCCAAAGAAAACAAAUUGAUCAUCUUGCUCAAUAUUAUGUCUUUCCCAAAUUUGUCCUUGAUAUUACUUAAAUCAUGGUUAUGUCCCAAAUAGCAUUUUGGAGGUCUAAAUUUCAUGUUUGAUGUAUUGUUUUUAUAUGAAUUGGAAACAAAAUUUAAAUAAAAAUCCUUAACCUCUUCUCCCCCA